UGAGAUGAUGGGAGGUGCUGUUAAAUAGAGGGGAACCCAAAUUGCUCUUCGCAUCUCUGAUUGUGUCCAUCGUUUAGUGAUCACAUCUUCUUUGCCUCUUCUGUCACUGGGGGAUUCCAUCACCAGGAUGCCGGAGCAUUUGCCAGAGAGAAAACCAAAGAUUUCAGCUUCACGGAAGCUAAUGCUCAAGAGUCUGAUGGUGGCCAAGGCCAAGGAGGAACUCGAGCAAGAGAUUCUUGAUAAAGAGCGGGAGAAACAUAGAUACCUGGCUGAAAGAGCUCCAUCCCUCAACAUCAGCCACAUGAGCGUGGCCCAGUUACAGGAUCUGUGCAGACAGCUCCAUGCCAAAAUUGACGAGGUAGAUGAGGAGCGAUAUGAUAUCGAGGCCAAAGUGAUGCUCAACACACGAGAGAUUCAAGACUUGGGCAUCAAAGUGUUGGACCUGAGGGGGAAAUUCAAGAGACCCACCCUACGGCGCGUUCGCGUGUCUGCUGACGCAAUCCUGCGCUCGCUGCUGGGCUCGAAGCACAAAGUUUCGAUGGACCUCCGAGCCAACCUCAAGUCUGUCAAGAAAGAGGACACGGAAAAGAAGAGGCCAGUGGAGGACAGUGACUGGAGGAAAAAUGUGGAGGCCAUGUCAGGCAUGGAGGGAAGAAAGAAGAUGUUUGACGCUGCCAAGGGUUCAGCUCAGUGAACCCGCAACACAGGCUCCUCCCGCGGCCCGUGGUGGCUUUCUCACAAUGCAGCUCAGCUUCUUCACUUCACACAAGACAAUGUCCAAAAC